AUAAUUACAAAAACUCAUAAAAGUCAACAAAAUGGUAAGUGUAAAGGUCUUAUUAGCUAUUACUACUCUAUUAGCUAGCUAAUGGAGAAAAGAGGCAGUUAGCCAGACAUAAAUUACUCCUUAUUAAGAAGAAAAAGAAAAAAGAGGAGUCUUGAUUUCUAAAGGUCGUGAACUGUGAAGCUGCCAACUUAACGUUAUAAACCUAUAAUGUUGUAUGCUUGUAAAGCAGCAGUGAGCUAGAAAGAGACAGAAAAACAGGAAUUCUAGAGAGAGAGAGUCAGAGAGAGCUGGGUAAGGUUGAUCCUUUGGGUUGGUUCCAGAUUUUCUGAAAGGUUCCCAUGGAAGAUGGAGCAAGCUCUAGCGUAAAAAGGUCCUAUUCCCAGUUUUAUUUGAUCUUUGCUGGAAAAAUCGAGUUUUUUGUUUGAACUUUCAGUGGCUCUUGUAGGGUGAAGAAGUAGUGGUUUGAAAAUGGGAAAGAAAGGGAGUUGGUUUUCUGCCAUCAGAAGAGUAUUUUUUACUCCACAUUCUUCUUCCAAAGAUAAGCGCAUCGGUGGGCCAGAUAGGACAAUAUCUCUAGAAAAGAAGAAGGGACGUAGAAGAUUACUGAAGCGUGGCGAGUUCAAGUCAUUUAUUUUCAGAGAACCAAGUAGUAUUGAGAAGAUAUUGGGAGAGAUAGAUGAGCAGAGGCAACUUGUUCCUCUAUAUUCUGAACAACAAAAAAUUGUUUCUGAGAGGCCAACGUCUCCUAGGAGUACUCCCCCCCGGACUACUCCGUUCAGAGAUGUUUCACCUAAGCAUUCCCCUCCUAGAGAAGUUUCUCCAAGGGUUGCAUCCCCAAAGCCUGACCCUCCAAUAGUUAGCUCCCAAAAAGCUGCCUCUUCUCAUGUUCCCCUUCCAAAGCCUGCCUCUCCUAAGGCGGCUUCUCCCAGAGUUGCUUCUUCUAAGGUGAACCAGAACCGUAAAGAAACCAAUAAUGUUUAUAGAGCAGAACCAACUUUUCAAGUGCUUCAACUCUCAGCUAUUAGGAUCCAGUCAAUCUUUAAAGGUUACAUGGCGAGGAAGAAUUUCAGAUCUUUGAGGGGUUUACUGAGGCUUCAAGGAUUUAUUAGAGGUGAUAAUGUCAAAAAGCAAACCGUUAAUGCCAUGAAACAGAUGCAUCUUUUUGUUAGGAUACAAAAUCAAAUUCGAUUACGUAGGAUCGAAAUGUCAGAAAACCAAGCAGCCCAGUGGCAGACUUCCAAGAAUUAUAAGAAGGAUGGGGAGAGCACCUUGAGCAAAUGGUCCCUGCCGUCUGAGGCAGGUAACAAUGAGAAUUGGGAUGGUAGCAGGCUGACCAAAGAUGAAGUUGAUGAAAGACGACAAAAAAAACUAGAGGCAACCAUGAAGAGAGAGAGAGCCAUGGCUUAUGCAUAUUCUCAUAAGCUUUGGAAAGCCAAUCCUAAAUACAAAAUGAACAUCCAAUCAAAUGGUUUCCCCUUGUGGUGGAAGUGGUUAGAGCAUGCACUACCUUCUGUAAAUCAUUCCGUAAGCCAGUCUGCUGUUAAAAAAUCCCAUCCAUCACCAGCAAGGGCAAUUUCAGAGUGCACACCAAGCCCUCUACUAAGAAAUUACACCGAGUAUGGUGGACAUUUUGAAGCAGAUACCCCAACAUCAACAAAGUCGUCAGUUCCAGCAAGACCAAAACCAUUUCAUACUCCUGGUAGAACACCUCCUUCUUCAAGCCUAAGAAAAAAGUAUGCCCAGUCUGGAACCAGCUUUGCCGGUUCACCUUAUAAGUUCCCUUCGAAGGACGAUGACAGCCUAACAAGCUGUCCUCCAUAUUCGGUUCCAAAUUACAUGUCACCUACCAUUUCAGCCAAAGCCAAAGCCAAAGCCAGUCCAAGGGAGGGAAGCAUAGGAAGCCCAUCCAGUCACUCAGCCAGGAGGUUAUCCUAUCCUUUGACUUCAAAUGUGGGGUCAUUCAAGUGGAGCAGAGGUUCCAGCAAAGGCGGCGCUUCAUCUCUGAAGGACUUUAGUGGAAGUGCGGAUAGGUUGAGUGUGGAUUCUGCUGUUUCCAUGCCAGCUUCAGUUGGUAGGAAACCAUUUAACAGAUUUGUGUGAUCCGACUGAUUGUUUUCCUUUUGUAGUGUUAACCUUUUUCUGCAUGCAUUGGGUGUAUGUAUUGGAGAUUGUGCUUUAUUGUGCUUAUUCCCUAAUUCUGAUUGUGGUUGAUAUUGCAUAUUGGUAUUAGUGUGAUAGUGUCUAUUCUAUAACAUUGCAUCUUUUGAGCUUUCCGGAUCAAUGUGUCUUUAGUAGUUCAGUUUCUUAGGCAGGGGGAUGUUAUAGAGCCAUGAUAGCCUUCCUAUUUCAGGCAAUGC